CCUACAUCCAGAAAACAUAACUUUCUUUUCCCCCUUUCUGUUCUUCUUCCUUAACCCUUUCCAACGCUCUUCCUCAUCAAAUAGGUUUGGCGACGAGAACAGAGGAGAAGGAAGGUCGGGGAUUGGUACGAGGGAGGAUCUCGGAGGUGAAGUAGGAGUUCAGGGGUCGGAGGUAGGAUUCUGUGAUCGGGGUGUUAACCCUUUCCAUCACUAUUAACCCUUUGAACCCACAAGAAAGGCUGGAAGUAGGAGUCGAAGGCUAAGGCGUCGGAAGUAGGAGUCAGAGGCCAAGGCGCCGGAGAUCAGGGUGAACAUCUGAGUUGCCGAGGGCCACCACAUCCAUCCAGCGGAGCUUCAUUGUCGACCCCAAAUCCCCACCAACGGAGUAGUCUCAGCCGACCCCAAAUUCGAUCCAACAUCUUCAGCCCCAAUCGCCGCCAAUGAAAACCACUGGAUUAAUCAUUGUAUUGCAUAUUCCACCCUGUCCUUCUCAUCGGUAAGUUCUCUAAAUAUUAGGAAUUUUUUUCUUUAUUUAUUUUGAAAUUGGUUUGGGAUAAAAUUCUAGAUUCUUGUUUUAGGGAUUUUUUUUUUGUCGUUGGUGUGCUUUGGGUGCACGUUGGAACCCAGCCGACUUCUGGCCGUUGGGCGGCACUACCUGUCUUUCAGAAAAUGUAUUGUUGUUCAUCUUGAUCUCCCUUCUUCAACUGCCCAAGUCCAAAACAACAGUUGGUGCUACUUAUAAGAAGGCACAAGAGUACAAUUGGUGUGAAUUUGUACUUAGUUGGUUGUGUAAGUGUGCAAAAAAAGUGGAUAAAGCAUUGAGUGGUUCGGGAGAUGUUGGGGGUUAUGGUGGUUGCAUUGUGUUGCUCCAGGUUAGUAAUUUAGUAAAGUACAUCAUUAAUUAUAUUAUCAUGAAGUAUAUGAUAUUAAUACUUGCAUGUUAGUUGUGCGGAUAUUCUAUUUUGAUAGAAUUGAUAUAGGGAGAGCCAUUCAAUGGAAUGAAAGCCCUAGAAUAACAGUUUUGGGGGAUGAAGAGAAGAAUUUAGUGAUACAGAUUGAUCGUGGGAAGAGUAAGGACUUUGACAAUGGUUAGGUAAAUUAUUUGAUACAAGUGAUGGAGUUAAAAAUUGUACUUGAUUAAGUAUUUACUACAUAGUGUAAAUGCUAAUUAUUAAUAUGUUAUUUGAGAUUUAAAUAUGGCAUAUUGUGUAUGGAGAAAAACAUCCGGCAAUGACUAGAGUAGGAAACUGGGAGAAGAUUCGAAGGAAUUGCCAGAGAACAAUUAUAGAGCGUGAGGGACACAUUGGGAAGGAAGGUGAUAAAGUUGAUGAACAUAUAGUUGAUGAUCGAGACCAAUCAACAAGGGAGAAGCAAGUUAUUGAAGUUGAUGAUCAAGAUAACCAAGCAAGUGAGAAUGAAGAUGUAGAGGUUGAGAAUAUAAUUAAUGAUGAAGAGCAAUAAGAUAUAGAGAAGAAUGCCAUUAAUCUGGAUAGUGGUGGUGGAUGUGGAACAAGUAUUCCAAGGAAGGGAUGUCCUGAAGAGAUAUUCGAGGUUAGUAUUGAAGAUGAGGUUGAAAGUGGUUCCAAGGUGGAUGAAGAUGGAGGUGGUACUAGUGAAGUUAGUAAUAUAAUACACAACAAACCUCGUAGAAGGACUAAAAAUUCCCAUUGUCAGGUAUCACCAUUCAUUUCACAGCCAACUAUGGUGAGGACUCAACAUACAACAGCUGAAAAAAAGAUAAUAGAAUACUUGCAAAGUAAACCAAAGGAGUAAGUAAUUUUGAAUUCUCUUUUUGCAUUGAUCUGUUUAUUAAUAUUUGGAUCUUUUACUAAAUGGUACUUUUUGUUUGUUUUUUAGGAUGAAAUCGGAGUUGAUCAUCAAAACUGAAAUUAGCAAAUUAGAUGUACUCGAUUUCAAAUUAUGGGUUAAACCUCGUAGUUGGGCAUCUAAUAGAGUGAGUUACAUCAUUCUAGACAUCUCACGGUGAUAGUAAUAUUUGUAAGUAUAGAGUAAAUCUACUUGUUAGCUAAUGUAUAAAUAUGAUUGUUGUAGAUAAUUCGUGUUGCUGGUUGGCUUACAAUCCAUGAUUGGAAUGGGAGAAAUCGUACUCCACUUCUUCAUUAUUUGCUAAUUGAGUGGAUGAGUUUGUUAAUUGUCUUUUUACUUAUGUGUGGUGCUUUAGUCAUGGAUGUUGACAUACAAUGAUGAGGGUGAUUCCGAUGGGGCUACACGAUACAUGAACAAUACCAUUGAGAAGAUGUGCAAUGAUUGGCAUUAUGUAUAUAAGCUGCAGUCUUGUAGUCAUGUAAGUAGCAGCGUUACAAUGAGAAUGUCAAUUUUAUAUGGCCAAUUGUUUGUGAUUGUUUGUUUCAUUAUGAUAACACAACUCGUUUUUUAGAUCUACUUCCCAAUUUUAUACAAUAAACAUUGGUGUUUAUA